AUGGUCCUACACAACAUCGGUCUCCGCAUGGGCGGCGCGUCGAGCGCUGUGUUUGCCGCCCAGGGCGUGUUUCUCCUGGGGAAUGCUUUCUACAGCAUCAUGUUUCCGUCUUCUGUAGCCAACUUUCCAGGCUCAUCGCUGAGCGGCACACCUGAAGGGGCAGUCCAAUGCAUUGGCUUGACCUCUCUUGCUCUGGGGACAUACUAUCUGAUUUCGACCUACCAGCGUGACACUCUCAUUAUGGCUUCUUCCGUGCCUUCCCGCCUUGUGGCCGCAUUUGUGAUGUAUCGAGCUGGCCCGCAUUGGGUUCAAACUGCAGCCUUUGAAGUCGCAAUGGCUAUAGCGGCUAGUGCAGCACUUAUUUGGGAUCGGUAUAUGUAG